AUGCAAGUCGCCUUCGCCCUGUCAAACUUGACGGGACGAGCAAAUACUUGGGCCUUAGGGCUCAAGCUUCACAACCAAAAUGUGCUUGAGUCGUUAGAGACCUUGGAGUAUCGGCUCAAAGAAACGUUUGAGCCGCCGAGAGCCGAGUUCAGAGCACGCUCUGCACUCCUGAGGCUCAAGCAGGGUAAGCGUGAUGUGCAUACUUACGCACAACACCUACGCUGUCUUGCCAGUAUUGUCACGGAAUACCCUGUUGAUGAACACACGCUUAUCAACGUGUUCAUCUACGGCCUUGUAGAUGGGCCGGUGAAGGCCUACAUGUUCCGAGAGGACUUCCAUACGCUGGAAAAGGCGAUAGAGCAUGCGGAACAAGAAAACUUCAGCAUGAGACAGUCUCAGGCUAACUCGUCAAACUAUCGUCCGACGAGGCGAAAGAAAACAGGAGGUCCUGAGCCAAUGGACCUUUGUUACAUCGAGAUCAAGAACUCUCGCUCUCUGCGUCACAAGUGA